AUGUUUUUUAUACUUGAAGAAAAUCCUUCAGCACCUAAUGAAAAAGAUAAUGCACUAUUACGUGAAUUACAAAAAAAAUUGCGUCCGAAUCAUGAAGUUGAACCUUUAGAAAGAUUACCAUUCCCUCCAAAAUUUGAUGAACCUUAUGUUGAAGAAUUAAAAGCUAUUGGAAGAACUUAUCCAAUGACUGAAAUUUCAAAACACAUUGCUGAAUUAUGGAAAAAAGAACCUGAAAUAGUUAGAAAAUAUUAUAAAGAACUUGCUAUUAAAGCUGCUCAUUUGCAUCAUGAAGAAUAUGGAAAUGAUAAAUCUUCUAGAGUGAAAAAAGAAAAAUCCAAGAAACCUAACCAAGAACCUCUAAUAAAACCAAUAGAACCUGCGGAACCAAAAGGAUCAACAGAGCCUGUACCAUCUUAUAACGAGAUAACUUAUGAUUAUAGUUCUAAUCAAACACACCUAUUUACACCAUUUACGCCUUAUUAUAAUGAUUGUUCUUAUUUCUAUGACCCUUAUAGCUUUAUUAUUGGCGAUAAUGGUAACUUUGGUGGCUAUAAUAAUGAAGAAUGUUCACUUUUUUGUUCACUUUUUUGUUCACAUGCGAACACAAUGAACAUAAUGAACACAGAAUAA